UGCAAUGACCUAUAGCAUAGCGUAUACCAGUGCACAGCUUUACAAAUAAUAUUUUGGUAGAAACAUGCUGAGAGAUCUGUGCUCGGGUGCCUUUUCACGGGCAGUUCUAGCUGAAUUUUUAGGCACACUGUUAUUUGUGUUUUUUGGUCUUGGCAGUGCAUUACAAUGGCCCUCAGCACUGCCCACUAUACUCCAGAUCUCUCUAACCUUUGGGCUAGCUAUAGCAACGCUGGUUCAGACAAUAGGUCAUGUCAGUGGUGCUCACAUCAAUCCUGCUGUAACGUUAGGCUUUCUGGUGGGAUCGCAGAUCUCAAUCCUGAAGUGUGUCUUCUACAUCUUGGCUCAGAUGAUGGGAGCGGUGGCUGGAGCUGGCUUACUCUAUGAGUUCACCCCAUCCAAUGUACGAGGGAGCUUCGGUGUCAACUCGGUUAGUAAUAGUACCACCUCUGGUCAGGCUGUUGCUGUGGAGCUCUUCCUUACCAUGCAGCUUGUGUUGUGUGUUUUCGGAACAACAGACAUCAGAAGAACAGACAAUACGGGAUCCCCAGCCUUAUCGAUUGGUUUUUCAGUUGCAUUAGGACAUUUACUUGGGAUUUACUUCACUGGCUGUUCCAUGAACCCUGCAAGGUCUUUUGGUCCUGCUAUAAUUAUGGGAAAUUUUGACUCACAUUGGGUCUUCUGGGUAGGCCCCAUGUCCGGUGCAAUCUUUGCUGCCUUAAUUUAUAAUUAUCUUCUCAUGCCACCUGAACAAAACCUCUUAGAUAGGCUGUCCAUCCUGCAUGGUAGCUUUGAUCCAGAACAUGAGCGUGAAAGAGAGGAACACCGCAAGCACUCAGUAGAACUGAAUUCUCUGCACACAUAUUCAAGGAACAUGGAGAAAGCAUAAGGUCAGUGAUGAAGAAUCCAUAAUUACAUCAGCAAUGAAAUCAGGAAAAAUAUGGAACAUUAGCAUACUCAGCAUCUACUUCUAAUACAGGCAGCUAUGUUCUACUUCCAAUACAGGGAGCCAUGUUUUACUUCUAAUACAGGGAGCCACGUUCUGCUUCCAAACAGAAAU